CCCACACACUCCCGUACCAAUACUGCCCUUUUCACCGCUUUACAAUAUAUACGUGGGAAGCUCCUUGUUACCUUCUUCUCCAUAUAUCUUUAUUAUAAGCAACUGUUCCUCCUCAAACAUUUCUCAUUCUCAUAUUAUAUAUACUCUAUUCCACUUUUUUUUGAACGUUUGGAUCUUCCAUCAUACCAUCCGUCGAGAAAGAGAGAGGGAAAGGUGACUGCUUGCAGCUGUUCUGUUCAUACAAGAGCAUAAUAACUCGAGUUCCUGGAACUAUAUUUUCCUGUACACCCCUUACCACCGACAACCCUUACGAUUCGCCUCAGUUUUGAAUUGGACUUAUUACACACCCCAACCAGGGUUUCCCUCUUUACAGACAUCGGGGGCGCCACAAGACAUUUGUUAGCACCCGGCAUAUUUGCCAGCAUCGACUAUACAAUACCACGAUAGAAAAGGAGAAAGCGAAGGAUAGAUUGGGCAUAGAAAUCGGAAGGGGAGUUAUAUAAUUGAGGCUUUUGGGGGCUAGAGAUUGAUUGAUUGUCUGAUUGAUUGAUUUUUUCCUAUUCGAAGCAAUUGCAAUUGGGGGGAGAGAGAGAAUUGGCAGAUUGGAUCGAGAGGGAAGAGAUAGUGAGUGAGAGAGAGGGAGAGAGAGGGAGAGGAAAAGAAAAGUAGGAUUGGAAAGGUUGAACACAGCAUUGCAUUCGCAUUCGCAUUCUGUUUUCCAACAUCUUUCUUUAGCUUCAUUCUCUUGGGGCGCCCUAUUUCCAUUUCAUUUUCCUGUUAAGCAGCAGCAGCAGCAGCAAGCUAGCAAAGCAAGAAAAACCAAAGCAGAAAGCAAGAGGCAGCAGCAGCAGCCUAGCGCAGAAACAAGACUCACGCAUCUCCGUCAUUCACAAGGAGUUGCUGCAACUGAGCAGGCAACCCUUUUUACCGCUCCAACCCACCCACACACCUCAUCCCACUCACAAUCCCAACCUCGUCCACACACACCAAAUAAAUACUCUGGGAAAAAACUUACGCUUCUCGCCGGCACCCACCAGCACGAGCACCAGCACCACCCCACCUUUCAGAAGGCACACCACACGCUCACACACGCACCAGAACGCAGCGCUGACAACGCUGCCUCUCCGCUGCCGCUCGGCACAGACCCUCCAAUCCAUCCUCGUGGCGACCACCGACAAUCUCCUCUACCAGCACGCAAAUCAUGCGGAAGCCCUGCUAUCGAAACUCCGCAUUUCGACUCUGGGCGCAAGCACCUUCGAGCCGACUCCCUAUAACCCCCGCCCGCCGUCAGACAUGACCUCUCCUUUCGCCUCUCCUCCUCCACCCUACACCCCCGAGCACCCGCAUGUGAUACUUGACCACGAAAAGAUACCACGAGAAGGCGCACUUCCACCUCCACAUCCUCUUGUUGAUCCCGCUGGGCACGCUGCCGCGAACACGCAUUCUGUAAACAUGUCUUGUACGAAACCUUUGGGUCUACGCGCCGAUGGCAAGGACAUUUUCCACCUACCCCCGAGUACCGCCCUCACACUGCUCUCGAGGAGCAUCGAAUUGCUGGUCUCCAUAACCGGUGACGUCCCGCCUACCCCACCUACCACCGCCCCUUCCACCCCCGAUAUGGAGGAGGAACUGCAUCCCACGGCGAGCGACGACCGUCGUGAUGGUGCUGGCUUCUGUUUUGGCAAUGCGGUGCAGGAUGUUCUUGACGGAGUCGUUUUGAAACACAAGAGGGACGAAUUCAGCGAUGACGACGACAUUUCAGACGGCGGCGAGGAAAUGAAGAUAAUAGGGGUUGGUGCAAAAGGGGCUUUUCAGAAUGGCGCGAUCACACGGAAGUUCUGGUCCAAGGCUGCUCCGGGCAUUUCCAUUGAAGAUUAUCUCUUCCGAAUACACCGUUUCUGCCCUUUGAGCACGGCGGUCUACCUCGCAGCCUCGGUCUACCUUCACCGCCUCGCUGUCACGGAGCGAAUAAUCUCCAUAACCCGACUUAAUGUUCACCGUCUGCUGCUAGCCGCCCUCCGUGUCGCCAGCAAAGGUCUAGAAGAUCUGAGCCAUCCCCACAAAAGAUUCGCAAAAGUAGGAGGAUUAACCGAACUAGAGCUUAGUAGGCUCGAAGUCAGUUUCUGCUUCCUCAUGAAUUUCGACCUAAAAGUCGACAAAGCCGCUCUGGAGAAGCACAUGGAGUCACUGCGGGAAACGGUGAAUCGCCAGGCUUCGCUUGGCACCUCCGGACUUGUCCUUCCAGUCACGCCGCCGAAGGAGUCAUCCCUGGCUGGCAUGGGGAAAAUCAAGAUGAUGGUUGUUAAACCUGUCAUGCUUGAUGUAUAAAAAAGGGAAAGAUUAUCAAAAAAAAAAAACACCACAAAAACCGAAAAAAAAUUCUUUUCUUUCCUUUUUCCCCUUUUAAUUUGUUAACGAGCGGGAGUUAUUUUCUUCCUUCCUUGCGUUUUUUUUUUUCGUGUUUGGCAUAUUCAAGGCAGCAUAUACCCAACCUGACUAACUAACCAUUACCCCCCUUACCUAAUCCAACCUCACUCCUACAUUCUUCUUCUCCCGUCCUAAGAUCUGUCCAUCCAUCUAUCUACCCAUCAUCCCAAUCCAUUUCCUCCCACCAAAUCAUUAUACUGUAGUUGUACGAACCUCUUUUCCAUCUUUCUUAUUUUCAUUCAUCAUUUAUUCAUCAUCAUCAUCAUCAUCAUCAUCAUCAUAGGAUCCGGGUAUCAAUUUCUUCUUUCAUUUGUCGGUCGGGGUCAUCAGGUUGGGAUCUUUUCUUCUUUUUUUGUGUAUCUAUCCACCUAACGGCUAUCAUCAUAUCAUAUCAUACUUUUGA